AUGAUUCAGAAUCAUGCGAAAAGCAAAUUUCAGAACGAUGCGAACAACAAGACUCAGAAGUUUGCUCAUAGCACGAUUCAGAAUGAUGCUAACGGCAAGAUUCAGAAAAAUGUUAACAGCACGAUUCAUAAUGAUGCUAACAGAAAGGUUCAGAAUGAUGCUGACAGCACGAUUCAAAAUGAUGCUAACAGCAAGAUUCAGAAUUUUGCUCACAGCACGAUUAAGAAUGAUGCUAACAGCACGAUUCAGAAUGAUGCGAACAACAUGAAUCAGAAUGAUGCGAAAAGCAAAUUUCAGAAUGAUGCUAACAACAAGAUUCAGAAUUUUGCUCACAGCACGAUUAAGAAUGAUGCUAACAGCACGAUUCAGAAUGAUGCGAACAACAUGAAUCAGAAUGAUGCGAAAAGCAAAUUUCAGAAUGAUGCUAACAACAAGAUUCAGAAUUUUGCUCACAGCACGAUUAAGAAUGAUAAUGAUGCUAACGGCAAGAUUCAGAACAAUGUUAACAGCACGAUUCAGAAUGAUGCUAACAGCACGAUUCACAAUGAUGUGAACAGCAAGGUGCUGAAAGAUGCUGACAGUACGAUUCAGGAUGAUGCUAACAGCAAGAAUAAUGCGAAAAGCAAAUUUCAGAACGAUGCGAACAACAAGACUCAGAAGUUUGCUCAUAGCACGAUUCAGAAUGAUGCUAACGGCAAGAUUCAGAAAAAUGUUAACAGCACGAUUCAUAAUGAUGCUAACAGAAAGGUUCAGAAUGAUGCUGACAGCACGAUUCAAAAUGAUGCUAACAGCAAGAAUCAUGCGAAAAGCAAAUUUCAGAACGAUGCGAACAACAAGACUCAGAAGUUUGCUCAUAGCACGAUUCAGAAUGAUGCUAACGGCAAGAUUCAGAAAAAUGUUAACAGCACGAUUCAUAAUGAUGCUAACAGAAAGGUUCAGAAUGAUGCUGACAGCACGAUUCAAAAUGAUGCUAACAGCAAGAUUCAGAAUUUUGCUCACAGCACGAUUAAGAAUGAUGCUAACAGCACGAUUCAGAAUGAUGCGAACAACAUGAAUCAGAAUGAUGCGAAAAGCAAAUUUCAGAAUGAUGCUAACAACAAGAUUCAGAAUUUUGCUCACAGCACGAUUAAGAAUGAUGCUAACAGCACGAUUCAGAAUGAUGCGAACAACAUGAAUCAGAAUGAUGCGAAAAGCAAAUUUCAGAAUGAUGCUAACAACAAGAUUCAGAAUUUUGCUCACAGCACGAUUAAGAAUGAUAAUGAUGCUAACGGCAAGAUUCAGAACAAUGUUAACAGCACGAUUCAGAAUGAUGCUAACAGCACGAUUCACAAUGAUGUGAACAGCAAGGUGCUGAAAGAUGCUGACAGUACGAUUCAGGAUGAUGCUAACAGCAAGAAUCAUGCGAAAAGCAAAUUUCAGAACGAUGCGAACAACAAGACUCAGAAGUUUGCUCAUAGCACGAUUCAGAAUGAUGCUAACGGCAAGAUUCAGAAAAAUGUUAACAGCACGAUUCAUAAUGAUGCUAACAGAAAGGUUCAGAAUGAUGCUGACAGCACGAUUCAAAAUGAUGCUAACAGCAAGAAUCAUGCGAAAAGCAAAUUUCAGAACGAUGCGAACAACAAGACUCAGAAGUUUGCUCAUAGCACGAUUCAGAAUGAUGCUAACGGCAAGAUUCAGAAAAAUGUUAACAGCACGAUUCAUAAUGAUGCUAACAGAAAGGUUCAGAAUGAUGCUGACAGCACGAUUCAAAAUGAUGCUAACAGCAAGAUUCAGAAUUUUGCUCACAGCACGAUUAAGAAUGAUGCUAACAGCACGAUUCAGAAUGAUGCGAACAACAUGAAUCAGAAUGAUGCGAAAAGCAAAUUUCAGAAUGAUGCUAACAACAAGAUUCAGAAUUUUGCUCACAGCACGAUUAAGAAUGAUGCUAACAGCACGAUUCAGAAUGAUGCGAACAACAUGAAUCAGAAUGAUGCGAAAAGCAAAUUUCAGAAUGAUGCUAACAACAAGAUUCAGAAUUUUGCUCACAGCACGAUUAAGAAUGAUAAUGAUGCUAACGGCAAGAUUCAGAACAAUGUUAACAGCACGAUUCAGAAUGAUGCUAACAGCACGAUUCACAAUGAUGUGAACAGCAAGGUGCUGAAAGAUGCUGACAGUACGAUUCAGGAUGAUGCUAACAGCAAGAAUCAUGCGAAAAGCAAAUUUCAGAACGAUGCGAACAACAAGACUCAGAAGUUUGCUCAUAGCACGAUUCAGAAUGAUGCUAACGGCAAGAUUCAGAAAAAUGUUAACAGCACGAUUCAUAAUGAUGCUAACAGAAAGGUUCAGAAUGAUGCUGACAGCACGAUUCAAAAUGAUGCUAACAGCAAGAUUCAGAAUAGUGCUCCCAGCAAUGUUCAGAAUGAUGCUAACAGCACGAUUCAGAAUGAUUCUAACAACAUGAUUCCGAAUGAUGAUAACAGCACAACAUCAGAAUGA